AUGGAACCGUUGAAGAAGAAAAGAACUGUGUUAAGAAUUGGUUUUACGAAGGCCCUGAAUUCAUUACAAGUGAUGUUGGACAAUGCAGAAUCUACAAUUGCAAGUUUGAGAGUCGCGUUUUGUACUUUGGAAGAUAAGUUAACCGAUUUAAAUUAUUGUCAAGAUUCUAUAAUUGAGGCCAUAUUAGAGACCGCUACCGAGACUGAGUUACAAAAGGAGUACGAUGAAGCAGAUGAGUACAAGCAUAGGUUUUUAACAGCCAAAUACUUGUUCACCGAACGUACCAUGGGUGAUAGUAAUUUAGUGCAAAAUUUGGUUGAUUGUGCGGUCCCGUCGGGUUCUUCUUCUAACGGUGAAAACAAGAGAUCUUAUAAGUUGCCGUCGAUAGAAAUUGUUAAGUUUAACGGAGACAUUCGUGAGUGGCUGUCUUUUUGGAGUUGUUUCAAGAAAAUCCAUGAGGACAAAAAUAUGUGCAAUGAAGACAAGUUCCAGUAUUUGAAACAAGCGGUUGUGCCGGACUCAAGAGCAGCGGAGUUAGUUAAAAGUUACCCACCAACUGGAAGCAAUUAUGAUAAAGUAAUAAGAAGUUUAAAGAGUAGGUUCGGUCAAGACGAACUUUUGAUUGAAGUUUACGUGCGUGAAUUGUUGCAACUUGUGCUGCAAAAUGCUAUUAAAGGACGUGGUAAUAUUUCACUUGCAAGCUUGUAUGAUAGAUUGGAAUCUCAUUUGAGGGCCCUGGAAACAUUAGGAGUUACCACGGACAAGUGCGCGGCGAUGUUGUACCCGUUAGUAGAAUCUUCCUUGCCGGAGGACUUAUUACGCGCGUGGCAACGCAGUGACGCUGGAAAACACAAUUCGGACGCGGAAGAUGGAAAACCGCGAUCCAAAGACAGACUCACCCGUCUUAUAGAAUUUAUCGAGAGGGAGGUACAAAGUGAGUUGCGAAUUUCGUUGGCGUUACAAGGUUUUAAUUUAGAUACUGGGCACGAAUCUGAUAUUAAGAAAUCUAAGCCGUAUAAAUUUAAUAGAAAUAUUCCGAGCGCGAUGGGUUUGUUAAUGACCAAAGGAAAAGACCACACCUGUAUAUUUUGCGACGCCAAAGAUCACGAGAGUGAGGGUUGCAAUAAAGCUAAAAGAAUGAGUUUAUCGGGUAAACAAGAGUGUGUGAAGAGAGCGCGUGCGUGUUUUAAGUGUCUUAAAAUCGGGCAUGGUUUCAAAACUUGUCGAGUCCGCGUAAAAUGUUCGCGAUGUGAACGAAGACACGUAAAUUUGAUGUGUCCAGAUGAGAAACCAAGAGAACAAAGGGAUGAAAUUGCGAGCGCAGAUACUUCCGCGCCAGUGCGGAAAGAGUUGAAUUGUAUCGCGAGCAUUUCCAAUAACAAAAUGGUGUUCCUGCAAACAUUAAAAGUAAAAAUUUACAGCGAUAAUAGAGAACUGAUUGCGCGCGUGUUGAUUGAUAGUGGAUCACAAAGAUCUUACGUGACGAAAGAUAUAAUCGAAAAAUUGGGUUACCAAUCGGUGGGUGAACAAAGAUUAAGUCAUAUGCUUUUCGGUGGCGGGCAGUCGGAAGUUGUCGCACACAAAGAAUAUCGCGUACGAAUGCAAAGUUUAGAGAGCGAUUUUGCGUGUAAUUUCGUCGCGCUGGACCAAGAGGUCAUUUGUGGUCGUAUAGAACCUAUUGAGAAUAAAAAGUGGCUUCACGAACUAAACGAAUUUAAUAUAAGAUUAACGGAUGUAUGGGACUGUGACGAUCCAAUAUCGAUUCUUAUCGGCGCCGAUGUUGCGGGAAAAAUAUUGACCGGUUGUCGUAAAGAACUGAAGAGUGGUUUAGUAGCGUUCGAAACGUUGUUAGGUUGGACCAUUAUGGGCGCAGUAAGAAAAGAAAAUGUACGGGAAAACUCUACUGUCGCCGCGAUAUCGUUGUACGUUAAAAAUUGCGAUUUGAAAGAUUUGUGGUCUCUAGAUGUGUUAGGUAUAAGAGAUCCUAUGACGUAUAGGACUUUUAAACAACAAGAAGAAGUGAUGUACAGAGAAUUCUUGGAAACCGUUUCUAUCAACAGUGAAAAUCGAUAUGAAGUACAGUUACCAUGGUCGGAAAACCACCCCCCGCUGUCCGACAAUAAAAGUGUUGCUAUUAAACGUCUACAAACUACUACGAAGAAGCUUAGGAUCGAAGGAAGAUAUGAAGCCUACGACGCGGUAUUCAAAGAAUGGUUAGCCGAAGGAAUCAUCGAACGUGUGUUAGACAAGGAGAUGGACAUUUGGGGACACUAUCUACCACACCGUCAUGUUGUUAAGGAACGUAGUACAACUGUAAUUCGACCCGUUUUUGAUGCCUCUGCCAAACAGCCUCCUUCGCCUAGUCUGAACGAAUGCUUACAAAAGGGACCCAAUCUCAUCGAGCAACUGCCUUCUAUUUUAUUGAGAUUCCGGGAAGGUAGGGAACCAAAUAUUUUGGAAGUCGUGGACGGCAAAUGUGCUGCUGCUCAGAACCACUAA